UGGAAUCUAAAAUGAACUGGACUAUUGGGCGAAAGCGAUGGCCUAAAUACUGGGCUAUUGGGAUAAAAAACCGGACGCCUGCCUAAUAAAACGGUAUUCAACUUUAUUUUCUGCCCUCCGGGCAGAAAAAUAGUAUGCGCACCACGGUAGGAAACGUAGGACAUUCCAUCCCGCGUGUUAGCCAUCCUCGCCUUCGGCUCGGGUAACAAUUUUACACGCGCUACGCAAUAUCCUACUUUUCCUCCCUUGGGACACAAAUAACUAUUCCGCCAGACGGGGUGACUCGCCCCCACAAAAAGCGACAUCUGGAAUGGCUUAACUUUAAGUUGUUUCUAUGGUAAUUUUUAUGUAAACAAAGAUCAACAUGCGAAGACCUUCCGUUUUUGUCGCAAAAGAUCCAGAGAAAGAAUUCCGGUAUGGCUCCCGGAAUUGGCUGCUUCACGCGCGCUUCGUGCGCGGCGAACACGCCAUGUGUCUGAAUCUCGCAGACGAUCUUCUGAAGAACGCUGACAACUCGCAUAGAUACGCACAUUAUGUCAAGGGCCUGGUGUACGCGGACGCAGGGAGGCACCAGGAGGCGCUAGAGCGGUUCCACAGCUGCAUCCGGCUCCAGCCGUCAGACCCUGAGCCUUUGAAACAAGUCGCCAAAAGUCUGUCUUGCCAGGGUCGCUACCAGCUCUCUCUCGAAGCUUAUUUGGAGGCAGAUAAGCUGACCAAGCAUCCAGACAGCGACAUCUACUGCGCUCUAGCGGAAUGUGCAAGUAACCUAGGCCAGAUAGAACGUGGGGUGGAAUGGGCGCGAGCGGCGGUGCAAGCUGGCGGGGGCGAGCGUGCAGGGGCGUUGCUGGCGCGACUGCUGCUGUCGUCAGGAGACGCCGUGGGCGCUUCAGCGGCGUACGAUCAGGCUAUUGCGACACACGCUUGCGGCGCUGACACCCUGGCCGCAGCGGGCGCGCUGCGUCUCCGAGCCGGCGCGCCGCGCGAGGCCUUCCAACUCCUGGGAGCAGCAUUAGCGCAGCAGCCGUCGCAGCAUGCUGCUGCACUAGCCCUUGCUGCUAUGAUGCUUCAACACCGACUUGCCGCAGCGAGAGCGUUACGUCUCCGUGCUGGCGCGCGGCGCGAUUCCUUCCAACUCCUGGGAGCAGCAUUAGCGCAGCAGCCGUCGCAGCAUGCUGCUGCACUAGCCUUUGCUGCUAUGAUGCUUCAACACCGACUUGCCGCAGCGAGAGCGUUACGUCUCCGUGCUGGCGCGCGGCGCGAUUCCUUCCAACUCCUGGGAGCAGCAUUAGCGCAGCAGCCGUCGCAGCAUGCUGCUGCACUAGCCCUUGCUGCUAUGAUGCUUCAACACCGACUUGCCGCAGCGAGAGCGUUACGUCUCCGUGCUGGCGCGCGGCGCGAUUCCUUCCAACUCCUGGGAGCAGCAUUAGCGCAGCAGCCGUCGCAGCAUGCUGCUGCACUAGCCCUUGCUGCUAUGAUGCUUCAACACCGGUAG